CGAGGAGGGAUCAUGGACAGCAUACAAAGAUUUUCAAACCUGCCAACGUAUCUUCCCGCGAGCUAUCACAUCUGCAAUGCUGAUGUUUUCUUCUUCCUCAAAGAAGCCAACCAGGAUAUCAUGAGGAACUCCAGUUUGCAGUCUAGGGUGGAUUCAUUCUUUAUAUACAAAGCCAAACUGCCACCUGUCCUAAAUGCCACGUAUGGACCCUUUUCUGUUGAACAGGCUGUUCCCUUGGACCUGAUGCUGACUUCUGCAUCUUUUGGUUUCACAAAUAAAUUCACUUUUAAUUGGAAAUUAAAAUCUCACAUAAUCAACAGCUCGAUCUAUUCCAACAAACCUAAAAUACAAACCUUGUUCUAUAUUGCGGGGAAGGACUGGGAUGACAGCAAUUCUGCGGAGAGGUUGCCUUGCGUGAAGAUGUUUGCUUUCCUGGAGUCUAGAGAAGUUGUGGCCAGCUGUAGGUUGACAGGUCAUCUAGGAUUAUGUGUUGCGGAGCUGGAAUUAUCUCCUAGCUGGUUCAGCUCCCCUCCACCCCUGGUUUCAGAGGAAACAGCCUCCCUGGAAGGGAUUACUGUGGAGCUCUUCUAUAGGAUUUAUACAGCAGAUGGGGAGUGUUCUCCAGAGGAUGCAAAAUGGGAAAACAAUAUCCAUGCAGGUCAAGAUAAUGAACACAAGGCUUUGUCAGCUAUGGAGAGGAUUGGUAGCAUCAUUGUUUACCCAAAUCAAGACAAAUUAAAACAGUCUUCACUGAGGCUAGAUGAAAAUAUUGUUAUUCGCUUACCACUCAACCCGGUCAGAGAAGGUGACGUUGUGACCUUUCAUGUUUCCCUGGCUGAUGACUCUCUAGCAGACCAGUUUGUAUUAAGAAUUAGGACAGCGCCAGGUGUGAAGAUCAUGGACAUCAGAGUCAGUGAUGCAGACCAGUGGGGGGUUCAAGAAGAGACGGACAGCGCGAGGACCACUGCCACGAUCACAUGUGUGCACAACGACCCAACCGCAGAGAACAGAGCAAACAUGUCCUCCUACGAGAUCCUGCAGAUGGACUUUGAGAUUGACAACACCAGCAGCCUGGCAGGGGCCCAGCAAAUUACUUGGCAGGUGGAAUACCCUCGAGAUGACUCCGUGAGCGAACUGGUGGUCUCCGAGAUCUUUGUCAGCCGAACAAUGUUUGUGGGAAUUGUUCCUCUUGCGAUG